AACUGCACACCAGAGACUUGGGGCCACAAUGGCAUAGACAUCACCAAAAGAGAAGGAAGGAUCCAGUAUUCUGGCAGAUACAGAGCUGAGUCUUUGCAAAGGAGCUGAAGUCCUUUCUGGAUUAAUAAUACCAUUUUUCAGGCUGGGAUACUUCUGUGUCCCCAUCCGUAGACAAAGUCCUUUGGAGACCAUGAAGAUUCUUCUCCACUGCCGGACGUUUCGACUCACCUGGCUGACCAAGCUCUCUGGCCGCCACUUUCAUGGCAAUCACCAGAUUCGGGCGCCUCUGACUACUGCUGACUUUGAAGCCAUAAAUCUCUGUGACAAGUCGGUGCCUAAGAACUUUAACUUUGCUGGGGAUGUGCUGGACCAGUGGUCUCUAAAGGAGCAGACAGGGGAGACACCAGCCAACCCAGCCCUGUGGUGGGUGAAUGGCCAAGGGGACGAGGUGAAAUGGAGCUUUAGAGAACUGGGCUCCUUGUCCCGAAAGGCAGCCAAUGUGCUCACCAAGCCCUGUGGCCUCCAGAGAGGAGACCGAGUGGCCGUGAUCCUGCCCCGGAUCCCCGAAUGGUGGCUCAUCAAUGUGGCUUGCAUUCGAACAGGGCUUGUCUUCAUGCCGGGAACUACCCAGCUGACAGCAAGAGACAUCCUCUACCGGCUGCAAGUAUCCGAGGCCAAGGGCAUUGUGGUCAGUGAGGAGGUGGCCCCCGCAGUAGAAUCCAUCGUGUCGGAGUGUCCUAACCUGAAGACCAAACUCCUGGUGUCUCCACACAGCCGGGAAGGGUGGCUCAGCUUCCACCAGUUAUUCCAAUCUGCCUCUGAAGAGCACCGCUGUGUGGAGACAGGAAGUCAAGAACCAAUGGCCAUUUAUUUCACCAGCGGUACCACGGGCUCUCCGAAGAUGGCUCAGCACUCUCACAGUAGCAUUGGCAUUGGGUACGCCGUGUGUGGAAGAUACUGGCUGGACUUGAAGUCCUCCGAUGUCAUAUGGAACAUGUCAGACACAGGCUGGAUCAAGGCCGCCAUCGGCAGCAUGUUUUCUUCCUGGCUUUGGGGCGCCUGCGUCUUUGUGCAUCGGAUGGCCUCGUUUGACACCGACGCCUUCCUGGAUACACUUGUCACUUACCCCAUUACGACCAUGUGCAGUGCCCCCACCGUGUACCGGAUGCUUGUGCAGAAAGACCUCAAGAGGUACAAAUUCAAGAAGCUGCGGCACUGUGUGACGGGAGGGGAGCCGCUCAACCCGGAGGUGAUGGAACAGUGGAAGGCGCAAACUGGGCUGCAGCUGUACGAGGGCUACGGACAGACAGAAGUGGGAAUAAUUUGUGCCAACGUGAAAGGACAAGAAAUCAAACCAGGCUCCAUGGGGAGAGGCGUCUUGCCCUACGAUGUCCAGAUUAUAGACGAAAACGGCAAUGUCCUACCACCUGGCAAAGAGGGGGAAAUUGCUCUCAGACUGAAGUCCACUCGGCCCUUCUGCUUCUUCUCUGAAUAUGUGAACAACCCAGAGAAAACUGCUGCCACCUUAAGAGGAAAUUUUUAUGUCACCGGAGACAGAGGCAUGAAGGACAGUGAUGGGUACUUCUGGUUUGUGGGCAGAGCUGAUGAUGUCAUCAUAUCCUCUGGGUUUGUACCUUUGCCACUCGCAGGAAGUGACGAGUCGAUUCGUCGGGGAGGGCAAUCCGCUGGGAGAGCACAGCACCCAAGUUUUCUUUUCCUCGGCAGGUACCGCAUUGGGCCCUUCGAGGUGGAGAGCGCACUCAUAGAGCACCCUGCGGUGGUGGAGUCGGCCGUGGUCAGCAGUCCAGAUCCGAUCAGGGGAGAGGUGGUGAAAGCUUUUAUUGUCUUAUCUGCACCUUUCAAAUCCUCCAACCCUGAGAAAUUAACUCUGGAGCUUCAGGAUCAUGUGAAAAAAUCAACUGCACCUUACAAAUAUCCAAGAAAGGUGGAAUUUGUUCAAGAACUCCCAAAGACAAUCACUGGAAAAAUCAAGCGCAACGUUCUAAGAGACCAAGAAUGGGGACGAAGGUAGCUUGAUAAGAAAACUGAAGGAUUUAAGGGUAACUUGAAGCUCUCCUUUAGUACUUCCUGAUAAAUUCUGAUUACUUUCUUAAAAUGUAUAAGAUUUUUCCUGGUUGAAAACUCAUCUGAAUUUUUGUUUUGCACUUAGCCAAAAAAUAAAGCAGCAAAUAAAUAUCUAAACAUAUUUGAGAAGAAUAUUAUUAUGACCUAACCAACAAAGGUAAUGAUUUGUAGUGUUUAAAAUAGCAGAGGUAAAAUGAUUACUCUGAAAAGCAUAGCACACAAUAAAUGUUUCAUUUAUCUUGUCAUGCUUAAUUAAAGAAUAAUUCUAAGAAAAAUGUUCAAGUCAGAAUUUCUUCUGCAUAGCAUCUUUAUGAGAUUAAUAUCCGAAGACAAAAUACCUGAAACUUUGAUUAUUUAGGAAAUUUGAGGGGUGAGAGUAUUGGGAAUUGAACUCAGGGGCACUUAGCGACAUCCCCGGCCCUAUUUUGUAUUUUAUUUAGAGACAGGGUCUCACUGAGUUGCUCAGCACCUUUAUUGCUGAAGCUAGCUCUGAACUCAUGAUCCUCCUGUCUCAGCCUCCUGAGUUGCUGGAAUUACAGGCCUGUGCUGAGAGUAUUUAAUCUAGAGCAACUAAAAAUUUUUUCUAUCUUUACGUUUUAGAACCAUGUAUAUGAUUUUUUUGAUACAUUAUUUGACAUGCAAAUAUUUUUUGUGAUAUGAAUACUAUGAAACGAGAUUGUAUUACUAAGAGGUAGAAAGGAAGAAAAAGUACAGAACACCAAUCUUUACGG